AAUAUCACACAAUCCCAAGCGAAUCGCACCAGAAAAAAAGAAAAGACCAUGAGGCCUUCGCAAGCUCUCUCCUACUUCGUCGUCGUCCUCCUCGCAUCGUCCUCCUACGCGUCAGUUCUAGAGGACACGUGCAAGCCCUUUGGAGCUGACUACGACUACUGCAUCAAGUUCUUCCAGUCCGACAAGGACAGCGCCACCGUGGACAAGCGCGGCCUCGCCGUCAUCUCCACGAGGAUCGCCCGAGCGGCGGCCGUGAGCACCCUCAAGCGUAUUGCCGUCCUCAAGGCCGCGGACACGGACAAGAAGAUCCAGGGACCCCUCGCCGACUGCGAUGCGAAGUACACCGGCGCCGUCAACGGCCUGGACGAGGCGGCCAAGGACAUCGCGGCGGGCAAGUUGCAGGACGCGGUGACAUACCUCGGCUACGCGCUGGAUGUGCCCGAGAGCUGCGAUGAAGCGUUUGGUGAGGUAGGCGUCAAGUCGCCGCUGGCCGCCGAGGGCCACGAGUUCGCCAGGGAGUGCUACGUCGCUCGCUUUGUAACGACAAUGCUGUAAGCCGCCGAGGAUGUGAAUCUUGGGUACGUAAUGGGACUGCAGGAAUCUGUAAUCAUUUAGUGGAUGAAUAAUCUCCUCAGAUUUCGUAAGCCGCGAUAUCUGAUCAAUAAUGAACUAUGCAAGCACGUUCGGAUUCGGUGAAUUUGU